AUGGCUUUGAUGAGAAGUCUAAUGGGUGCAAAGAAGAUUCUUGGCCUCUCGGUCUCAGCAGCUGCUACGAGCAAAAGAGCAGCCUCAGCGGCACCAAAAGGGUUUCUUGCGGUGUACGUAGGAGGGAGCCAGAAGAAGAGAUAUGUGGUGCCAAUCUCAUACUUGAGCCAGCCUUCUUUUCAAGCUCUUCUCACUAAAUCUGAAGAAGAAUUCGGGUUCGAUCAUCCAAUGGGUGGAUUAACGAUUCCAUGUCAUGAAGAUAUCUUCAUCAACGUAACCUCUCGGCUCCAGUGA